CUCCAUCUCCGUUGCACCAAUCUCGAGGCUGGAGGCGCGCUCAAAACCAAAAUUAGCGAGCACCUGGCCGGACGCGGGGAAACCGCCCCCAUCUCUCAUCUCGAUUCGGCACACAAGGAACCAAACCAAACAUGGCAACCCAACUUUGAUCCAUUCCCAUCUCAAUUUCUCCGUGAAUUCUUCGCGCAACAACACAGGAUUGGAAGAUCGAUCGAUCCCCAAUUCUGCAUUUUUUCCAUAUAUACGGUUUUGAUCGCAUGACAAAGCUCAAGAGCGUGGCGUCCACGGUGGGGGCGGCGGAGGAGUGCGCGGGGAGCGCUCGGCAGAUUGCCCCGUCGCCGAUGAAGCUGCUGGUGCGCGUCGUGGAGGCGCGGGGCCUGCUGGCGGUGCACGUCAACGGCACCAGCGACCCCUUCGUCAAGCUGCAGCUCGGCAAGCGCCGGGCCAAGACCGCCGUCGUCAAGAAGAACCUCGCCCCCGUCUGGGACGAGGAGUUCAGCUUCCUCGUCGGCGACGUCACCGAGGAGCUCGCCGUAUCCGUGCUCAACGAGGACAAGUACUUCAGCAACGACCACCUCGGAAGGGUCAAGGUGCCCCUCUCCCAGGUCAUGGACACCGACGGCCUCUCCCUCGGCACCGCAUGGUACCAGCUCCAGCCAAAGAGCAGCAAGUCCAAGAGGAAAUGCCGCGGGGAAAUCUGCUUGCGCAUAUCCUUGUCUACACGAACGCACGUGUCCGAAGAACUGCACCCUCUACCGCGCCCCACUUCGGACGGCGUAUCAUCCAGUUCAGACAGGUCAAUCGGGACCAAGCGUGGAGCUCUGUCAACCACCAACAGCUACAUUGACCUCUCAGCCGUGGCCAGCUUGGACCGAGGAUCGCAGAGCAGCUUCGAACGGUCGGCGGAUAGCUUCGUGGAGCAGCCGCCCAGGAGCAGCAUCGAACAAGCAGUCACCGAGCCUGGAACGGCCGCUGAAACUGAUGCGAUGGCCAACACGUCGUCGAUGGUAGAGGUCUUGUCUCGCUAUUUCUUUCGGAAACCUGUCGACGCCGCUGUGGCUGCAGUUGUCUCUGAUGCCGAGUCGGUGGUGGAUCAGUCCCCGGAGCCGAAAGCGUGCUCUGAAGAACGUGAAGGUCCUGAGAAUCGCACGCCACCUGAGUCGAGCCUUGAUGAGCUACUGAAAAUCAUGGAGUCCAAAGAUCAAGGCGCUGAAAUGCCAGCUAAACUGUCUAAUGGCGUUCUGGUUGACGAAUCUUAUGUUACUGCACCAGCCGGACUGAAUACGCUCUUGUUUUCUCCAAAUUCAGAUUUCUGGCCGGCUGUAGCAGAGCUUCAAGGAACAAGUGGAUUUCAGAUUGAAUCGUGGAAGAUCGAUAGCAACGAUGGUUGUUUGCGAAGAACAUUAAGUUACAUAAAAGCUGCGAGUAAGCUGGUUAAAGCUUGCAAGGCCACAGAAGAGCAGAAAUACUUGAAAGCAGCUGGGAAUUCUUUUGCUGUUUUGUCUAUUGUUAGCACUCCUGAUGUUCCUUGUGGAACUUGUUUCAAGAUAGAGAUAUUGUACUCUAUAACGCCAGGUCCCCAGUUAUCAUCUGAAGAGCAAACGGCACACCUUACUGUAAGUUGGCGGAUCAACUUUGUUCAGAGCACAAUGAUAAAAGGAAUGAUUGAAAAUGGGGCAAAACAAGGCAUGUCAGAAGGUUAUGCACAAUUUUCUGAAGUACUGUCCCAAAAGUUUAAAGUAGCUGAGCUUGAUGAUGCUAAUGCAAGCAAAGCAAAGAUUUUGGCUUCACUGCAUACACAAAAAGAACCGAGCUGGAGGCUGAUUGUCCGCUUCCUUGGGAACUUCACAUUCAUAGUCUCUGUUAUCGUAGGGAUAUAUAUUAUAGCACACCUUCAUUUGUCAAAGCCCAAAGCGAUGAAUGGGCUUGAGUAUUUUGGCAUUGACCUUCCCGAUUCAAUUGGAGAGGUCGUGGUUUGUGCUGUGUUGAUCCUUCAGGGACAGAAUAUCAUGAAAGUAAUGAAGCGCUUUUCGAAUGCAUGGAAACAAAGAGGUAGUGAUCAUGGAGUCAAAGCUCAUGGAGAUGGUUGGAUACUGACUGUUGCACUUAUUGAGGGCAGUGGUAUAGUAGCUGGUGAUUCCUCUGGCUUAUUUGAUCUUUAUGCUGUUUUUACUUGCAAUGCGAAGAGGAAAACAAGCUCAAUUAAAUUCCACACCUCUGAUCCAAAAUGGAAUGAGAUAUUCGAAUUUGAUGCAAUGGAUGAUCCACCAUCAAGGAUGGAUGUGGCUAUUCAUGAUUCUAAUCGAUCCGAUGGAGAUCCCAUUGGUCACGCUGAAGUGAACUUUCUGACAAGCAGUUUGUCAGAUUUAACUGACAUAUGGGUUCCUCUUGAUGGGAAGUGUGAUCCAGCAAGCAACCCUAAGCUACACUUAAGAAUCUUUUUGAACAACUCAAGAGGAACUGAAGUUGUCAUGAAUUACCUGUCAAAGAUGGGGAAAGAAGUCGGUAAGAAGAUAAAUUUGCGGUCAGCACAAACAAAUUCAGCAUUCCGGAAGCUUUUUAACCUCCCUCCAGAAGAGUUUCUCAUUGAUGAUUUCACCUGCCAUCUAAAACGGAAGAUGCCACUGCAGGGGCGUCUCUUUUUUUCUCCAAGAAUAAUUGGAUUCUACUCUAAUAUAUUUGGUCACAAGACAAAGUUUUUCUUUUUGUGGGAAGACGUCGAUGAUAUCCAGGUUAUCCCUCCUACACUGUCAAUUGGCAGCCCAUCCUUGAUGGUCAUCCUGAGAAAGGAUAGAGGGUCAGAAGCAAAACAUGGUGCCAAGGGAACCGAUAACAAUGGAAGAUUGAAGUUCCAUUUUCAGUCCUUUGUUUCGUUCGGUGAUGCUCACAGAAUAAUUAUGGGGAUUUGGAAAAUGCGGUCACCGGGUCCAGAACAGAAGGGGGAGAUAAUGGAGGAGUCUGAACUGAAAGAACUCCCGGCCGAAGAAUCAGGGUCCUUAUUUAGCCAUGAAGAUGUCAAAAUGUCUGAAAUAUUCUCAUCAGUUCUCUCUGUGGACGUUGAGUCCUUGAUGGAGAUGUUUUCAGGAGGUCAGUUGGAACACAAAGUGAUGCAAAAGACUGGCUGUAUGGAUUACUCGUCAACAGAAUGGGAACUUGUAAACAGAAAUAUAUACCAGCGGCAAAUCAACUACAAGUUUGACAAAGCAUUGUCUCGAUCUGGAGGAGAAGCAAGCACCACUCAACAGAAGUAUGCCCUAGUGAACCAAGAUGGGUGGGCCAUUGAAGAGGUGAUGACACUCCAAGGUGUUCUACUUGGGGACUACUUUAGUCUCCAGCUAAAGUAUCAUAUGGCGAACGUACCAGCGAAACCAAACACCUGCAGUGUGCAGGUUUUGUUGGGGAUUGCCUGGUUAAAGAGCACCAAGCAACAAAAGAAGGUCACAAAAAAUAUCAUGUCGAAUACCUCUAAUAGAUUGAAGGAGCUAUUUUCUGAAGUCGAAAAGGAUCUUACGUCAAGAAACGGAAUAAUGCGUGGUUUCAAAAAAAAAAAAUCAAUCGGCGGACGGCAGGCCGACCGCAGGUCUCAGAGGGUCCUGAAGAUUGGAACCCGGUCGGCGGACAGGCUGCCGAUCAGCCAGCCAGCUUCCGAUCGGCAAGCACGUUGCCGACGAGGUGAGCUCGUGGCAGUACAUCAGUCCAUAGCCUCCUUCUUUCUUUAUUUUCCCUGGUGGCGGGGCGUCCUGAUCUCUCCUGAUUGAUGUGUGCACAUGCUAAGAUGAGACCUGGUCGGUAACUAUUCCAUCCUCAUGCACCAAGCGAUGUGUGCACGUACUGAGAAGAGACGUGGGGCAAGGAAAAGUGCUCAGCAUGCAAGGAAAACUGCUCAUAUGCAUUCGUAGUUCUUGAUUUUGCAUGGAGGCCAGGCUAGUCAGUUUCCGCUGAGCAGACAAGGUCUAAUCGGCGUGGCCUGGCAUUUGUUCAGGCCGAUCAGGUGGUUAGUUUCACUUCGACCGAUCGGCACGCGCUGAAAACCGAUCGGUCGAAAGAUGGCCGACGAAGUCAGAAAAUUGAAAUUUUUAGAAAACGCGUAUUAUUCCUGAAAAUGAUUUAGAAAUUCGUAUUAUUUUAAAAAAUCGCCCAGCUUGGUGUUGCCAAUGGGGGUGGUUGACCGCUUUGGCAGAGCCAUGCUUUUUGUGUGCAACAUUCGCAUCUCAACUAGGUCUGAAUAUUACGAUGGUAUCUUUUUGAUAUUAGUAUAUUUUCUUUAUUAAAAAUAUACGUACAAAUGAGAUAUAAUAAGAAGAUUAAUUUUCAUUAGCUUCAUUAGCAUGUGUUUGGCCCGGUGAUGGACUAUAGUAAUCUUGUUUAGAAACCGGUUUAUACACAAACGAUUGCAAUGCAAUUCAUCAAAUUUCACAAUUUCAGUUGCAUGAAUUUUAGAAGAAUUUACAUAAUACAUUAUAAAAGAGGGCGUAUCCAACAAGAGAAAUAAGCCAUUGUGCCCACAUAGUUGGUCUUUAGUAGUGAGUGUAUCUGUUUGGUGGUAGCGUGUGGGUUUGAGUAUGCAUCUACAUUAUAAUAGGUGUGUCACAAAAAACUUAGUUUUGUCUUAUCAAAAAUCAGUUUAUUAGUUUUACAU